AUGUUGCGUGAUCUCCCUCAUCUAAGUACAUCCAAAUUAUUCAACCACGCCUUGAUUGAAGAUCCAGAGUUUUUACAAUUCGAACAGCUUUUGACUGCAUCACGUACAGAAUCCAACCCGCAACAAACUCAUCUCCAUCAAGUGGCACCUAUCAUCGCAAAUGGACUCUCAGACUUAGGAGGAAGAAUCGAUGGUAUUGAAAGUCGUUUAGAACAACAUUUUCACGAGGCACAGCAGGCUAGGGUGGCUGCAUGUAAUACGGAGCAGAGCAUCAAACGUCUUUUUCAAGGGUUGGCUGGUUUAGCGAAUAGUAUCAAUGAUCCCAUUUUUGCACCAACAUUCACUGGCAGCAGCAACACCAACAGCAUUAAUGAUAACAAUGAUAACAGCAACAGCAACACCAGCACCUCGGACAACAUCAGCACUGAUCAAAAUUAUGGGAUUAAACUUGUUGACAACGUCAUGCAAGCGUGGAAGGAAUGGGAUACAGGUCUUCUCCUUGGGUCUCCAGCAAUAAAAGAUCUCGAAGCAAGGUUUAAUACUGAUUGGCGGAAUUCAGCCAAAGCUCGUCAAAGGUUUAGCAGAUGCAUGAAAAUGAUCAAAGCAAUUGAAAAGAUCAGCAAUGAUGAAGGUGUUAGUAAAGAUGUAGCAGCUUCUCGUCUAGACGAGCGUCGUGCUCAGAAUGGAUGGUCAAUGGAUCGAUUGCAAAAGGAACUCACCAAGAGAGAUGUGUUGGAUAUUAUGCAAGGUUUGGAUUAUGAAUAG